ACAGCUCCAGCCCUGCACACUUCCCUGCUGGGGCAAGCACCACAGCAAAGAUGAAGCUAGCGACCUGUUGCUGGCUAAGCUCAGCUGUCCUUGCUGCUUUUGGCUUUUUGGUUGCAGCAAACAAUGAAACAGAAGAGAUUAAAGAUGAAACAGCCAAGGACGCCUGCCCAGUGAGACUCGAGAGCAGAGGGAAAUGCGAAGAGGGAGGCGAAUGCCCCUACCAUGUGAACCUGCCCCCACUGGCUAUUCAACUCCCGAAGCAGUUCGGCAGGAUCGAGGAGGUGUUCAAAGAAGUCCAGAACCUAAAGGAAAUUGUAAAUAGUCUGAAAAAAUGUUGCCAAGAUUGCAAACUUCAGGCUGAUGACAAUCGAGACCAGAGCAGAAAUGGACUGUUUUCACCUGGCACAGGAGCCCUGGAUGACAACAGAGUUACUGAAUUAGAAGGAGAGGUUAACAAGCUGUCCUCUGACCUAAAGAAUGCAAAGAAGGAGAUCGAUGUGCUUCAGGGUCGCCUGGAGAAGCUGAAUCUUGUAAAUAUGAACAACAUAGAAAAUUAUGUUGAUAACAAAGUGGCAAAUCUAACAUUUGUUGUCAACAGUUUGGAUGGCAAAUGUUCCUCUAACUGUCCCAGUCAAGGACAAACACAAUCAAGUCCAGUUCAUCAUCUAAUAUAUCAAGACUGCUCUGACUACUACGUAAUAGGCAAAAGAAGCAGUGAGACCUACAGAGUUACACCGGAUCCCAAAAAUAGUAGCUUUGAAGUUUACUGUGACAUGGAGACCAUGGGGGGAGGCUGGACAGUGCUGCAGGCACGUCUCGAUGGAAGCACCAACUUCACCAAAACAUGGAAAGACUACAAAGUAGGCUUUGGAAACCUCAGAAGAGAAUUUUGGCUGGGGAAUGAUAAAAUUCAUCUUCUGACCAAAAGUAAGGAAAUGAUUCUAAGAAUAGAUCUUGAAGACUUUAAUGGUGUCAAACUCUAUGCCUUGUAUGAUCAGUUUUACGUGGCCAAUGAGUUUCUCAGAUACCGUUUACAUAUUGGUAACUAUAAUGGCACAGCUGGAGAUGCCUUACGUUUCAGUAAAUACUAUAACCAUGAUAUGAAGUUUUUCACCACCCCAGAUAGAGACAAUGACCGAUAUCCUUCUGGGAACUGUGGCCUCUACUACAGUUCGGGUUGGUGGUUUGAUGCAUGUCUUUCUGCAAACUUAAAUGGCAAAUAUUAUCACCAAAAAUACAGAGGUAUCCGUAAUGGGAUUUUCUGGGGCACCUGGCCUGGUGUGAGUGAGGCACAUCCUAGUGGCUACAAGUCCUCCCUCAAACAGGCCAAAAUGAUGAUUAGACCCAAGCACUUUAAGCCAUAAAUCACUAAUGCUCAUUCCUCUGAGUAAUUAUUACCUAAUAGAACAAUUAAUUCCUUCAGUACUUUGGGACAUAUUUUGUACUACUUUUCCAUGGCUAAAAAAUUAUCUCUGAGCAAGGGUUCUUAUGCUACACAACAUUUGAAAUAAAACUGAAAAAUAUACAUUUUAAA